AUGGAUCCAAUUAUAAAAAAAGGCGCAUGGAAGUUAAAAGGAAUAUCCAAUUUUUUUCUUGUCCUACUUGCAUUAGAGAUACAGAUAAUACAGUGUUUGAUAUCAAGCUCAUAGUAAUGCUUCAUGAGCUAUCCAAUAUACUUCAAUGAUGAUUCAAAAGACACUUCUGUUACUGCAUUUGACAUAGAUGGAUUCUAAAAUGUAGCAGUCGGUGGAUUGAUUGAUACUACAAAGACAUUCAUUAGUUACUACAAGCCUGGUAAUUAAGUUUAAUGGACUUUUUCUCUACAAGGAUCUCUUUAUAGGUACAUUUCAGCUGUUAAAUUCAAGAAUAACUUAAAAUAUUCUGACACAGUCCUUGUAGUUUUAGACAAAGAAAAAAAUAAUAAUUAGAAUACACUUUAUCUAAUCUUUAGCACAGAUGGUACUCUGCUUUUUUAAAUAAAAGACUACGGUGAUAUCAGUGGGAAUAACGAAGGACUUUUGAAAAAUCUGAAUAGUAAUAAUGUUCUUUAUUCUUCUGAAGGGAAAGUUAUUGCUGCGGGUAGUUCUAAAUUGAAUGGGCAAAUGAAUAUGAUCAUACUCUAACCUUAGAAUCCAAUAAGUUAAACAGAAUCUAUAUUAUAUUAUCAAAUUCAAAGUAGAGCUUAUUCGCUAGUCUUUGGUUAAAAUGAAUAGGAGAUGAUUCUUGGUAGUUUCUACAUUGAUAAUGCAUCUAUGUUUUUCUUGCUAUCAAAAGUCCAUGUUGUUACAAGCACACUUUCAACAUAAUGGAAUUAUGGAUUUUUUUAUUAAGAUCUUACAUGGUUAUUGCCUUAUACUUUCACAGAUAAAAUAACCCAAAUAAUUCAUGUUCUUUAUGAAAGCACAAUGACAUAUAUUAGUGGAUGCAUUAACUCAUAAACUUAAAAUGGAAUAGACAUUCAUGCUUUUUAUCUUUCCAUUAGUGGCUCAAACUCAAUAAUAGAAAAUAGAAUUGUUUCAAAAAUUAGUUCAACUGAGACAUGCCUUCAGAUAUUUAGUAACACUCCCGGAGAAUUAUAUUUUCUUAAUCAGAAUGUUUUCUCGAAAGUAGUUAUCCUGCUUAAAGCAUCAAAUGUUCUUUCAUCUGGAGUUAUUGAUUAUCAUAUAAAAGCCUCGUCUGCACAAAGGCAGGGAUAUGUUAUGAGUUUUCAAGAUACUUAAGCAUGUGACCCAAUAGCUACGACUUCUCCAAUACUGGCUUCUUAUUUUAUAGAUAGCGAUCCUAAUCUUAUAUUUACUUCUUUGGCAUUUGGAUAACGUUCUGAUUUCUCUCUUGAUCAUAUUAAUUCAGCAUUUGCACUGUCUUCUAUUGGACUGCUUAAUCUACCUUAAUCAUCUUUAUGCCCAUCAACAUUUGCAAAUAAGCCAGUUUCACUUAACAUAGGCAUUGAAAGUUAUAAUUAUUUUAGUCAAAAUCUAAAGAAAAAUGGGGGCUUUUUUUAUGAAAUAACAAAUCAAUUCGUUGGAGAUGAUGGAUGCGAUGAUUCAAAUAGAGUCUAUGAUAUCUAGCUUAGUUUCUAAAACUCAUCAUUAGGCUCACAAUAUGAUUUCAACAUAGAUUUAGUCUCAAAUACUACUACACUAAAUACCUAGUCAGAUCUUUUGAGAAUUGAACCUAUACAAUAUAACUUUGCAGCACCGAGUAUGACAGUAAAUUUAGGUCAAUUUGGCUUCUGGCCAUCAGAUUGUGACAUUGAUUAUGAAAUUAUUUAGAUAAGUGGCCCUUUGGCUAUUGAUGUCAUUAUACCUGUUCCUCCUUCACCACCAGUAACGAUAAAUCGAAACCUUAUUUCAAAUUCUAGAAAUCUGUAGGCAGGUGCGCCAAUUACAGCUGAUAAAAAUAUAAUAACAAUCUUCACCAAUAACAUAAAGGCAAUUGGAACAUAUAUUCUUCAGCUUAAAUCAUUUAACUUACUUAAUCCUUUUAAUUGGGCAUCUACUGAAUUCAUUGUAUAAAUUGGAUGUGAAUUGAAAAUAAGUUAUCUCUAGCAGACAACUGAUUAUUAUCUGAGACUAGGCUAAAAUAGGAUAAUUACAUUCUAAGGAAUUAAGUUUUUAUCAAAAUGUUCAUACCCAAUCAAGUAUGAGAGCACAUUAGUUGAUGGAAGUAAAUUGCCUAGCUUUAUCAAGUUCAACUAAAAUAAAAUGAGUUAUAGUAUAUUUUCAGUCAAUAUUGCAGAUGUGGGCUUGUACAAAAUGAAAAUCAAAGCAAUCAUAUAGGAUUUUAACAAAACAUAUGAUGAUUCUUUCACUUGGACAUUUAAUAUGACAGCAGAUCCAUUAUCUGAAACUAACUAGUAUGCACCUAGAUUUGAAACAACCCUUGCUUAAUUAAAUCUGUUAGUUGGAUAGAGUUUUGCUUAUAAUUUGCCAAAGAUAAGUCUUUAAUUCAGCUUUAAUCCAAUGCCAGAAGAUGUAGGUUUAUAUCAAAUACCUAUCACUUUGAUAGAUAAUGGAUAUCCAUCGAUGAAAAACUUUUAUGUGCUAGCUAUAAAUGUUACGACUAUGCUAACAGUUAGCAAUUUGUAGCAACAAUUGAGUUAAAUUCAUGUUUAAUAAGAAGAUAUAGAUGAAUACUAUUUGUUUAAUAAGGAAUUCAAAGCUAAAGUAAAGAAUAUUUAAGCAGAUGGGCUGAUGACCUUGCAGUUUUAUCAUGACUGGACAUUUUCAGAGAUAUAUAAUAAUUUCUCUAAUAUCAAAAUUGAGAUCCUAUUUGAACCAGUAUAAGAAUAAUAAGCUAGAUUAGCUAGUUGGGAGAUUAUCAAAUUCCAAAGAAAAAUUCUUAGUAUCCAGCUGAACUUUGAAUAUCCUCAGGAAAUUUCUCUCGCAGAAAGGAUAAGUAAUUAUUGGAUUAAUCAGCUCAAGCAAUUCAGUAAGCUUUUAACAUUGGACUGGGCUCAAAUUUAAUACUCUAGUUUUUCAUUUUGGUCUGCAGUUAAUAACCUACAGCUAAUAGUUUAUUUCCCAAUGCUUAAAAUUAAUAUGCCCUCUAAUGCCUAGUACUUCAUUAAUAUGCUAAUAGACCUCACGAAUUUUAAUGUUUUCCCUGAAAAUGAAGUUCAAGCUAAAAUUCUUUCAUAGUACAUUUAUGAUCUACCUGAAGACAAACAAUAAGCAUACCUUAUGCCAGAGGAAUAUAGUACAUAUGGAUAUGAAAAUAUUCUCUAUACAUCAGUUUUCUCAAAUGCUCUUAAAUUUCUAGCGAUUGGAGUUUUUGUUUGUAUAAUUGCAGGGCUCUUGGCAUUUAUGUUUCCAAUCAUGUCUUUGAUAUUUUUAAGGAAGAAUAGAUUGAAUAUUGAGACAAAAUAAUUUCAAGAUUAGUUCAGCACAUUAUGUGAAAAUAUAAACCCAAAUAGGUACUUCUCAGGGUGGGCUUUCAUAUAUCUUAUCUGUGGUAACGUAUGCAUAAAUUUCUUGACCAUAAUCAUCGUAAUUUUGGCAUAAAUUAUUUCUGCUAUUGUUGGAUUUUUAAGUAAGAAAUGCAAGAGAGACAAAACAGUAUAGAUUUUAAGCACAACCACAAUGAAUUCUAACUCACCAUAGUAAUCAUCUCAAAGCAUUAGUGGUGCUAAAAGCUAAGAAGCUCCCACAAAUUUCACACUUGAUCUUUCAGUACUCACAGAGCAAAGAAUAAGAUUAAAUCCCUUAUAUAAAAACAAUUUAGAUAAUAGAAUAAGCAAUGUAAUCAACUAUAAUGAUAAAUAAAAGGAUUUGAGACGGCUAAAGAAAAGAUCAGUAGCCAUAAAGAAGGAUAAUGAUAUAGUAAGCAUCUAUGACUAAUUUUAAAACAAUGAUAUUAAUUUCAGCUAGUCUAAAAAGCUAUACUCUAAAAAUGAUGAUAUUAACUAUUGA